AUGAGUAAUCCUCUUAGUGAUCAAGAAGGCUUUGCAAUUGCAGUUGAGGAAGCCAAGAUUGGUUAUGAAGAAGGUGGCGUACCUAUUGGUGCAGCAUUAGUCUCAAAAGAUGGGCAAUUGUUGGGCCGUGGACAUAAUAUGAGAGUACAGAAAGGGAGCGCCAUUCAUCAUGGAGAGACAUCCGCUUUGGAAAAUUCGGGUCGACUCCCUGCCUCGGCUUAUAAGGGGUCAACAAUGUACACGACUACUGGAGCAUGUAUUUUAUAUGGAAUAUCACGAGUAGUCGUUGGCGAGAACAACACUUUCCUCGGUGGUGAAGCAUAUUUGAAACAAAGGGGAAUCGAGGUUAUCAACAUGCAAAACAAAGAGUGCCAGGAAUUGAUGGAGAAGUUUAUCAGCGAGAAGCCAGAAUUGUGGAACGAAGAUAUCGGGGUAGAGAAGAGGGUCCAUACCAAGGAGUGA